AUGGGCCUCCAGACCGACACCGACGUGGCCGUGGCCUUCGCGCUGGUUGUCGGCGCGGGCCUGGCCACGACCAUUGGUGCGUCGUUUGCAUUCUGUGCGAAGCUGGCUGACUCUCGCUUCCUGGCGUGCUCCCUGGGCGUCUCUGCGGGCGUGAUGCUCUAUGUCUCCUUCGUGGAGAUCUUCGUGACAAAGUCGAUUGACGACUUCGAGGCCGAGGUGCACGACCCCAAUGACCUUGGCAAACCAGCUCGCUAUGCAACCCUCUGCUUCUUUGGGGGCAUAGUCAUCACAGGACUGCUUGACAAGGCUGUCCACACGAUGGUGGGCACCUCGUUGGACAAGAAGACAUCAACGUUCCCCGGAGACAGCGCCCAUCAGGAGACGAUGGGCAGGAGACCGAUGAUGGCAAAGGAUUUGGAGCGUGGGCAAGAAUCAACAUCCAUUUCUGAUGACGAAACUAAGGGCAUCGGGCACCUGAAGAAGAUUGCAGAGAUCGACGAGCGUCAUGCACAGCUGCAGAAAUUAGGGCUGCUGAGUGGGCUGGCCAUCGCAUUGCACAACUUUCCAGAGGGCCUGGCAACUUUUGUCUCUGCUCUGGCAGACAAGACGUCCGGGGCAGGGAUCGCACUCGCAAUUGCCAUCCACAACAUUCCAGAGGGCAUUGUCGUUGCCGUCCCCGUGUACUAUGCCACCAAGAGCAGGGCCAAAGCAUUCUUCUGGGCGUUCAUGUCCGGUGUGUCGGAGCCAAUUGGUGGCGUGCUGGGUUGGGUUGUGCUGUCCAACAUGGGCAGCAUCAUCUACGCAGUCAUGUUUGGUGUUGUGGCGGGCAUGAUGGUGUACAUCUCGUUCAAGGACCUCAUUCCCACAGCUCUCCGAUUCGACGAAGGGGACAAGUACGUGUCCAAGAGCAUUUUCGCUGGCAUGGCGAUCAUGGCAGUCAGCCUCCUUUUGUUCGCUAUCGGAGACAAGGAGGAGGUGGACCCUGGAGCCGUAAAUCUGUAG